CACACCAACCGCGCAGAUCCACAACGACGCGCAAACUCGCCCAUAAUGGUGUACGACUGGGACGGUAAGGAGUCAGACUGCUACAGGUUGUAUGUCGAGGAGAAGAGGAGCCUCGAUGAGGUCGUCGACUUCUGGAAGGACAAGGGAUUCGUGCCUAGUAAGAGGGCAUUUCAGACGCAGUUCAAGCGAUGGGAAUUCCCAAGCAAGCAAAACCCUGCACACAAGAAUCCUGACCUCGUUGCCCGCGUUAAAGAUCUGUGGGAAAAGAACGUUCGACAGAAGGAGAUGUUGGAAAUCUUGAACAACGAAGGGUUUGAUCUUAAGGAACGCGAGCUCAUGCGUGUCAGAGCCAAAAACAGAUGGCUGUUGAGAGUUGCGACUGGAAUGAAGGGUCCGUCCGAGAAAGAAGGCGAAAGUGAAAAGAAUGGAAAUGGGAAGAGAGAAAACUCGAUCAUGAAACAGCUGGAGGAUGCUCUCAUGCAGGAGGAAGACGCAGAAGCAGAUAGCUCAGAAGAGAGCGUUGCUGGUGCUGGCGAAGCCGCAGGCGCGACCACCAUGGACCCCGAGGUUGCUCGUCGAAAGCAAGAGCGUCUCCAAAGACUACAAGCGGAGAGCGAUGAGCGCUGGCGCACUCGAAAGCGUCGUAGGCGGACUAGGGGAUGGGCUGGUCUGCCUGCAGAUCCCGCAGGCCCUCCUAGAUUUCCUUCGGAGACUACCAUCGACGAAAGCAAAGCGUACCUGAACCUCGACAACAAUCAGUAUCGUCAAGUCAGAGAGCAAUUCCAAAUGAUCUGCGAGGAAGAAAAGGUGUACAAGAAGACUAUCGCCGGUCCUGACAAAUGGAACGAAGUCAAGGACAGACUGAUCAGAGAGAACGCACACCUGCAUAACGUCUUCUUCAACGACCCUACAACACAGCAACAUGACGGUCAGUCGGCCAAACAGAACCAGAAAUCUCUCUCCCUUGACGUCAUCUGUACGGAUGUCACUAAGAGGAUGCGAACGUUGGAGCGGCGCAUGACAAUCGCCGAUGCCAAAAAUGGCCUUGGGCUCAACCCAGAGGAGAGCCGCCUGGUUCGUCAGGCUUUCUACGCCAAACUUAGGGGAGCCCACAUCAGCAGUAAGCUCGAAGUAGGCGAUGAUCAAUGGAAAGAACUCAAGGCAGAAUGGAUUGCAGAAUCCGACUUGCUGCAGCGUGCCCUGGCUCUUGGAGAAGAGGAUCCGCAGCAUGAGUUCAAGACCAGAGCCACAGAAACGCUGGCGCGGGACGUUAUGAAACGACUUCGGGAUGACAUGAACAAGAUCGACCCAAGCCGAAAGAGACAGCACAACACUGGGCCCGGCCCAGGUCCAGCUAAGCCGUCGAUGACUGCGCAUACCAUCGCCCAAACGUAUGCCGCAACAGGAGCUCGUCCAAAUCUUCUAGGCGAUCGACCUGGCAAGCCCGCCCGAAUGAAUCAAACCCAAAGCAGUCGGACAUAUGCAACACGAGGCGCCCAUGCAGGCCGCAGCCAGCGUCUAGACAUCGACCAGGCAAUCUCCUCGCCGCCAGACUCAGAGUUCCAGAUCGAUCCUUCUCUACUCCUUGCGGCGAACGACCAGUCCGCGAUGCAAAAUCACCAUCAUGCCAACAAUGUCAAUGCGUACGGCGGAACUUCGUUUGCUGACGCCGUCUAUCCACAGCACUCAUCCUUCGCCUCUCCUAUCCCUGUGUACUUCCGCCUUCACCCACACUCCACUACCCCGCUGCCCAACAAGACGCUCUGGCUUAGUGUGCUGCAACUUGGAUCGGUAGACGAGAUCAAGAUGUUGGCAAUACGCGAGCAUCCUGGAACGAGUGUUCUGCGCAUCGAGGGACUGGUCUCGCACCGGACGCCGGGAAAUGUUGCAGGCAGUCACGAGAGGGAGAUUGUCUACGCAAUCGAUGAUGAGGCGGAAUUGGGAGGCUAUCUGGCGCAUGUGGCAGGCGGUAAGGUCACGUUUGUCGUGCAGCUGGCUGCUGAUGGUGGAAAUGGGUUUGAGAGGAUGUAGGCGUGCUAAGACCCUGAGCAGUUCUCGCUUCCUUUCGGUGCAGUAACUUAUCGUGCUGUUUAGGCACGCUCAUAUACUACCUUUAAGUCUAAUUAAAGUCUUUUCUGCUGCUCACAUUC